CUUUUUCUUUCUCUAUCUAACUCUGCUUUUCUUUGCUCUCACUCAUUCCGUUACACAAAUUCUGCUGCAUCAUAUAUAUAUACACGUCUCAUGGGACUGAAAUCUCUCACCUUGUGAUGUUCACUUCCCACUGAUUUACAUUGACUUUUAAUCUUUUAUACACUUCUUCCCUUGCUGAAGCUUCCUGUGCUGUUUCACAUGACACAGAUACUAGAACCUUCUUUCUUUCAUUUGCCCUGAGCUACACAUGAAUUUUUUCCCUGUUUCUUUGCCAAUGUCCCAUGUUUCAUCCUGUUAUUAAAAAGCUUAAUGGCAGCGAAAAUGAAAGUUCAUAUCAAUUAUCAGUAAUUGAAUACCCUGUUAUCAAGGUUCAAUUCAUGUUUAAUUGAAACAAAAGAAUCUGGCCUUUUUGCAAUGCAAGCUGAAGAGUCAAUGAUCAGAAACCUCACAUCAUUCUUAUUUUCUCCAGAAUUUGUUGCUUGAAUAGAAAGAUUUUGAGUCUUAGCCACAGAAAACUUGAGUUGAAGAACAAGAUGAAUGAAAGGAAAUUGGAUAUUAAUGCUCCUCUUAUGUCUGUGAGACGCUCUUGUGCCUCAUCACCAUCACCGUCCUUAACUGAGGCAAAGAGGAAGGUACUAGAGAAAAGGUGCACUCUUGCAUACUAUUUGGAUCAGGUAACAGAACCUGUGGCAGUGCCUUUCGAUUGGGAGCAUAUCCCUGGAAGACCAAAGGGUAAUCAUGGAUCUCAACCUCAACCUUCUAAGGAAUCUCCAAGUCUUGCCCCUGGAAAAUCCACAAAUGUUGCAGAAAGAAAAGAAGAAGAAGAUGAUGAUGUUUAUUCUGAUGCACUUGAGACACUGUCAUGUACAGAAUCAGCCUCUAUGAAGUGUAGUGCAAGUGGUGUUAGUGGAGUGGAUAACUUUGAUGCAGACAAGCACAGAAGCAAUGCUGCUGAUGAUAAACAAGCACAGGAUUUCAUGAUGAACCGGUUUUUACCCGCGGCAAAGGCCAUGACUGUCCAGCCUCCUCAAUAUGCUUCAUCAAGAAAGCAACAAUCUGUAGUGGCAGAGCAACCCAGAGAUGUUCUCAGAUUGGUUCGCGAGGAAAGAAAGUCCAUUGUUAACAAACACAUCACUGAUUUUGUGCCAUAUACUGGCCAAUGUCAAGAUGAAGAUGAUGAUGAUGAUUAUGGUUAUGAUGACUCUACAAGUGUUUCUGCUAAAGGCUGUGGAUUGUUUCCCAGAUUAUGUGUGACAAGUUCCUUUUGCUUGUUAAAUACAGUGCCUGGGAUGAAAAUGAGGGAUGAGUUUAACAUGUCUUGUGCAUAUGAGUAUGGAAAAGGAAAACCAAUCAAGAAGGCUUGGGAUGCUAUUCACAAGAGCAAAUCAAGGUGUGCAGCUUCAUCACCACACAAGCAUGAGUUAAGCAGAAAAUGGAGAAGUCAAUCAGAGAGGUUUACUUACUCACCUGAAAUGAAGCAACUAGGUGGUAGUGGUAGGCUCUUUCACCGUUCCACAACUAGUUUCCAAAGCAAACCUCAACCUCUCUUUCCCAGACAUGCAACUGCUACAACAUUAUCAACAUCAGUUUCAUGUUCUGUGGAUACAACGCAGAGAAAAGAAGACACUAUCACUAUGUUUGAUACACAAACUAUUUUACUUCCUUCAAAGGAGAAUCAAGAACAAGACUCCAUGUCCUUGCAACUUGUGCAAACUUCAUUUGAAAAAGAAACAAAGAUCAAUAACAACAACAGCAAUAAGCAAAUUGUAGCAGUUGAUCAUCCUCAUCAAUUUGUUCCGGCACCAUUAUUGCCAAAAUCACCUUCUGACUCUUGGCUUAGCCGUGCCCUGCCAUUAGUUUAUAUGAAGAAUUCAGGAUUCCCACAUUCAAAUCGUGAGAAUACGUUCCUUGCUAAAAGAGAAAGUUUGAAUGCAUCAUCAAGGUGGGAAACAAUGGUGAAAACUUGGAAUUUGCAUGAUGGUCAUGCAUACUGUUCUCAGGAGCUAACUCUAUACAAAUCUCAGCAAUCAAAAUCUUAAUCAUAAUCAUAUCAUGUUAUGUUAUAACACCGUUUAAUUAUUUGACAUUGAUGUUCAGUCAGCGUUUGUAUAAAUAGGAAUCAUAUGUAUAAUGUAUCCCUUUCGGACAUUUGCUUCUUUAAAGUGGAUUCAACAUAUCAUAAGCUGAAGUUCCUGCACUUCUAUUAUGUGCUUCUUUGAAUUUCUGGGUGUAUUUAAAUUGACAGUAUUGAUUGCUGUUCCUUGUACUUAUAAUAAUUCGCUGUUAAACUGUCUCAUAUACACAAUAUAAUUACAUGUAAAAUUACUUUUCACCAUUUA